CCUUUCCGGGAAUCGAACCAGGACCCCUCACCAGGUGAAGCGAGACCUCUAGCACCAGACCACUGGCCACCUAGAAAAUUCUAGUAGAGCAUUCCAGUCACAUGUUAGAAAACUCUAGUACCUACUGGAAAUAUUCCAGCGUGAGUUUAAAAAGGUUCCCGCGUACCUAAUGACCUCAAUUAAAAAAAAAUCCUCCACCAAACAGUCCUUAAAUUCCUUUGCUAGUUUUCUUAUACAUUCAUGUAAAUUAGUUUCUUAACGAUCUUAGCCAACCACAAAAUUAAACAUUACUAAUUUUAUAUUUUUAAUUUAACCUACGCUUUUCUACAUUUACGUACAGCUCGCUGGAAGAUCAGUUACAAAAGUUAACGUCGUGUGUUUGUCGUUGUAGGUGACCAACACGGAAAGGAAGAUGACACUACCUAUCUCAGUGCUAUCGUUCGUAUUGCUGGCAGUCACAGCUCUGGUGCUCACAAUCAACAACCACAAUCUCAAGAAGACUUCUGAUGUCAAGACCAGUGACGCCCAGACACUGCUUUCCGAGAGAGAGAGAGAACUGAAGGAGUGUAAAGCUCUUCUGGACCGGACCAAAAUCCUCAUGACCCAGGCAGAGGAAGCCAAGAUUAAGGAAGAGAAGAAGAACCGCGAGGAUAUGAAAGAAGCGGAGAAAUUCCAGAAGAUAAUGGAGGCGAAGAAGAUGAAUGACACGACAAUAGCCACUCUGAAGAAGCACCUUGAGAAAGUCCAGCAGGAAGAGAAAAACUUGACGGUUAAACUGAAAGCUGCUCAGAAUGCUUUGAAAAAUAUGCCCAAGAAAGACGUCAAGGCAGCAUAGAUUAUUAAAUAAGACAAAGCAUAAGCAGAUAC